AGCAAGCCGGCCGAUACACGCAGAUAGUUGUUUGUGUUGUGUUACAAACAUUGUGAAGUGAUUUAGUUUCAUCUACGCGACGAGUAUAUUAAAUAAGAAUUUAAAAUGAAAUUCACGAUCGUUUUUACCACACUCUUGUGUAUAUCAACAUCAUGGGCCGUGCUGGCGAAGAAGGUAGAAGACCAUCAAGACAAGCGUGAGGCGCCCGUAGGAUACGGGUCCUCCGGCCUGUCCGGGCACAGCUACCAUGCACCAUCUCUUGGACAAGGAGACGCCAGUGCCAUCAGUGUAGGCGCCGGCUACAGCAUCGGUGGAGCCAAACCUUCCUACAGCUUUGGCGGUCAAGGAUCAAGCGGAGCCCUCCAAUACUCUGCUGAAGGCUUAUCCCAGUUAUCCCCUAGCAGUCAUGGCAACAUUCAGUUACCUCCCAUUACUCUGCAACCCAGUCAUGGAGCUGCUUUCGCUAGUGGAGAUCUUUCUCAGUUGAUGAGCCAGCUUUCCCACAGCCUAAACGCAGGAGGAAUAUCACUUCAGCCAUCCACGACCGUUGCCGAAUUCCACCAGGGAGCUGAUGGUCAAACAGCACAGGCAUUACAAGGCGCUCAAGAAUACUCUUUCCCUCAAUUCUCGUACGGAGCUCCUAAACAACAGCAACAGCAGCAAUAUGUCUUGUCAGAGCAGCUACAACAGCAGCUUUCUAGUGCACCUUCAUAUUCCGCUGGCACUAAGGGCUUGGGAUCGUACUCUACUGGACCCGUUUUGUUCACUCCUUCCGAGAGUCAGUCCAAUAACGCCCCUGCGCCAUCUUAUGGAGCACCUAGCUCUGGACACUCUUUAGGUGAUGCCGGUUCACUUUCUCUAGGAGGCGGUAGUCAUUCCCUAGGUGCCCUUGGUCUUGGAGGAUCAUCACAUGGUUUUGGUGGAUCUUCGCAUGGUUUCGGUGGAUCUUCUCAUGGUCUGAGUCUUGGUGGUGCUGGACUUUCUCUAGGUGGUAGUGGUCAUUCUUUCGGUGGCCAAUACAAACACUUAAAUGGAUUCGCUGGUCCUAGUAAAUCUUCUUUCAAACCCUCUGCGUACUUAGGCUCAUCAGUGCAAGGAGACUCAGUUCUUGGACUAUCUAGCCAGGGUCUGUCUAGCCACGGAUUCUCUGGUCAUGGUCUAUCUGGAAUUUCUGGAUCUUAUGGCGCUCCAUCUUUCGGCAGCUACCGUGGCGCUAGCCAUGGUUCCUUGUCUCUUGGCUCUGGUGGUCAUAGUUUUGGAGGGUCUCAAGGUUUUGCUAAAGGUGAAGGUUUAGAGAGUGCUAGCGCUUUCUCAUCAGGUCAUGUAGCUCCUCCUGGAACCACAUACGGUUUCCCUACUUCCUCCUACUCAUCCAACAACGCCCACGCAGCUUCAUCCAACAAGCCGUACUACGUCAGCGCAAAGCAUCACCAACACUCUGCCCCAAGCUUUGGAGAAGGUAGCUCAUCAUAUAGGUCACCAGUUUCCAGCCACAGUGCUCUGAGCUCUUAUUCAUCUGGCCCUAAAUAUAGCUUUAGUAGCUCAAGCUCUCAUUAUGCACCAAAAGACGCGUACGGCGCUGCCAGUGAGACUUCAUACAACACUAUUAAGUACAGCGAGGAAUUGAAGCCACGUGCUCAUUAAAAGGAGACCUGGAGAGUAGUUUUGUGUAAAUAGGUAGUAGUAGUAGGUAGUUGGCAGUAUUGUGUGAGGGGUGCGUAGGCGUGAUACGAAUGAUGGCAUGGUGUAUGUGAGCGAAAGUGUUGCUCUUGGUCUUAUUUAUUUGCGUACGUUCCGCUAAUUAGCUGUGCGGCCACUUUGUUACUUGGCGCGCGUACGUGUCGUGUUUUGGU